GUGUGUGUGUGUGUGUGUAAUAAGUUUUAUCGUGCAGAACUCUCGUGCAUCUUAAACUGUUUACUCAUUGACAAAGUUUGUUUUCGCGCCACUGCGGACGUUCAGUGGGAGCGCAAGACUCUCUCGGGACAUUUGAGGAGUCCUGGAGGAGCUCACGAGCCCGGAGUUAAAGAGAGGAGGAGGAGGAGGAGGAGGAGGAGGAGUUCACAUCUGUUGCUGCUCUCAGCUGUCGGUCCGUGAGGUGACCGGACUCUGUGUCUCCGGGCUGCCGGGACAAGCCUCCGUUUUCUGGGAGUAUUAAAGGAGCGCAGCAGGAGCAGGACUCUCCUCCUCCUCCUCCUCCUCCUCCUUUUCCUCCUGCUGCUGCUGGAGCCUGUCAGUACUUUAAGGAGACUGGUCUUCCGAUCAUUGGUCAUGACGGUGGGGGGAAGCUGGCGGCGGCUCUGCGCCCUGCUCUCCGCUCUCCUCCUCCAGUUGUGCGCAGCUCAGUACGAGAAGGGGAUCUGGGUCCCGGAGCACGGCUUCUGUCAGCCCAUCUCCAUCCCGCUCUGCACCGACAUCGCCUACAACCAGACCAUCAUGCCCAACCUGCUGGGACACACCAACCAGGAGGACGCUGGGCUGGAGGUGCACCAGUUUUACCCACUGGUCAAAGUCCAGUGUUCCACUGACCUGAAGUUCUUCCUGUGCUCCAUGUAUGCGCCGGUGUGCACCGUCCUGGAGCAGGCCAUCCCCCCCUGCCGGUCUCUGUGUGAACGGGCACGCCAGGGCUGUGAGGCACUCAUGAACAAAUUUGGGUUCCAGUGGCCGGAGAGGCUGCGCUGCGAGAACUUCCCAGUCCACGGCGCAGGAGAGAUCUGCGUUGGCCAGAACACAACUGACUCAGAGAGAACCACUUCCGACCCGACACCCAACGUCCCGGAGUUGGUGACCCUGCCGCCACACGUCUGGACCGAUCAGCCCUUCUCCUGCCCGCUGCAGCUCAAGGUGCCUCCCUACCUCAACUACCACUUCCUGGGGGCGAAAGACUGUGGUGCCCCCUGCGAAACCUCCAAACCAAACGGACUGAUGUACUUCCGAGAGGAGGAGCUGAAGUUCGGUCGGCUCUGGGUCGGGAUCUGGUCCAUCCUGUGCUGCGUGAGCACCCUCUUCACUGUUCUCACCUAUCUGGUGGACAUGACGCGGUUUCGAUACCCAGAGCGGCCGAUCAUCUUCCUAUCCGGCUGCUACUUCAUGGUGGCGCUAGCGUACGCUGCUGGAUUCCUGUUGGAGGACAGGGUGGUGUGUAUUGACCACCAGCUGAGCCGCGACAGUUACAAGAUGGUGGCCCAGGGCACCAAGAAGGAGGGCUGCACUAUCCUCUUCAUGAUCCUCUACUUCUUCGGCAUGGCGAGCUCCAUUUGGUGGGUGAUCCUGUCGCUCACCUGGUUCCUGUCCGCCGGGAUGAAGUGGGGCCACGAGGCCAUCGAGGCCAAUUCACAAUACUUCCACCUGGCAGCGUGGGCGGUACCAGCAGUGAAAACCAUCACCAUCCUGGCCAUGGGGCAGGUGGAUGGCGACCUGCUCACUGGUGUCUGCUACGUGGGGAUCUACAACGUGGACGCCCUGCGCGGCUUCGUCCUGGCACCGCUGUUUGUCUACCUGUUCAUUGGCACUUCCUUCUUGCUGGCAGGCUUCGUGUCGCUCUUCCGCAUCCGCACCAUCAUGAAGCACGACGGCACCAAGACGGAGAAGCUGGAGAAGCUGAUGGUGCGGAUCGGCGUCUUUAGCGUGCUCUACACGGUGCCCGCCACCAUCGUCAUCGCCUGCUACUUCUAUGAGCAGGCCUUCCGGCUGCAGUGGGAGAGGACAUGGCGCCUGCAGACAUGCAAGCGUUUCGCAAUGCCAUGCCCGGCCAGGAACUUUGCGCCUUUGACGCCGGACUUUACCGUGUUCAUGAUCAAAUACCUGAUGACCAUGAUUGUGGGGAUCACGUCCGGCUUCUGGAUCUGGUCUGGGAAGACGCUGCAGUCGUGGCGCAGGUUUUAUGAAAGACUGAGUGGCAACAACCAGGGCGAGACGACGGUGUAGAGGAGGGUGGUACCCAGACGUACGGACGCCAUUUUGUGACUGAGCCUGAGGACGGAUGGAUAUCUGAGACGUGGACGCUCCGAGUCGUCUCACAUCAGACUCAGUAAGGACACGUACACUCGGGAACCACGUCCUGGUUUUUAUGUCUUCGAACUGAAGUUACAAUUAAUUUUACACGUGUAGUUUUUCUAAAUUCUAGUGUCACUUUACAGGUCUGUGACUUCCUGUUUAAAAACAUCACAUUUAUUUAUUGAUUAUUUGUUUAAAAUGUUGAUGUUGUUUCUCAGAGCCAAAGAUGGCGUCUUGUUUUGUCCAACUGACUCAAAGUUUACAAGUUUACAAGUUUACAUCAUAGAAAAUCAUGAAAACCAUUUUAUUGUUACGUGCUAUGGAGGCUCUUAAGUGUCAAAAUGUUGUGCUUUUUUUAUCCCCCUUUACAACUUUAACAACUUGUUUCCACCUUAUAAUAAUUUUUGUGCAAAAGUUAAUAACUUGUUUCCACUUGAUAAUUUUUGCGUGCAAAUUGCACACUUGUUUCCACAUCAUAAUCAUUUCUGUGCACAAGUUAUUAUUAUUACAAAUAAUAAUUUUGCACCAAGGUUAAUAAUUUGUUUCCGCCUGAUAAUUUUUGCGCAGAGGGUAAAAUUUCUUUCCACCUCAUAAUAAUUGUUGUGCACAAGGUAUGAACAAGUUUCCAGUUGAUAAUUUUAGUGCGCUACUUCAUAGCUUGUUUUAUAGUUUUUGCACAGGGGUUAAUAUUUAUUAUAAAAUCAUCAUCGAUAUUUUGUUUCCACCUGAUAAUUUUAGAGUGCACACUUGUUUCCACAUCAUAAUAAUUUUUGCACACAAGUUAAUAACUCGUUUCUACCUGAUAAUUUUAGAGCGUAAUUUCAUAGAUGGUUUCCCCUUAUAAUUUUUGCACAGUGGUUAAUAAUUUGUUUUUAGUUUAGAAUCAUUUUUGCGCUCAAGUUAACAUUUUGUUUCCAUCUGAUAAUUUUAGCAUAGAGUUGUGCACUUGUUUUCCACAUUAUAAUCAUUUUUGCACCGAGGUUAAUAACUUCUUUCCACUAGUAAAUUACCAGUUUCCACAUCGUAAUAAUUUUUGCGUGCAUUUUAAUAACUUGUUUCCAACUCAUAAUAGUUUUUGUGCACAAGUUAAUAACUUGUUUCUACCUGAGAGUAAAUUUUUUCCACCUCAUAAUUUUUUUGCGCAAAAGUUUCCGCUGCAUAAUAAUUUUUGCACGAGUUAAUAACUUGUUUCCACCUCAUAAAAGUCAUUAACUUGUUUCCAAAUGAUAAUUUUGUGCUGAGAUUAAUAACUUUUUUCCACCUGAUAAUAUUUUUUGCACAGAAGUAAAUAACUUGUUUACUCAUAAUAAUUUUGUUUGUUCAUAACUUAUUGUCAGCUUAUAAUGAUUUUUACGCUCAAGUCAGUAAUUUGUUUACCCAUCAAAAUAACUUUUGCACAGAAUUUUUUAACUUGUAUCCACUUGAUAAUUUUUGCGCGCACGAGACAAGUUGUUCCCACCUCACAGUAACUUGUGUGCACAAGAUGAUACAAAAUUUGACUUUUCUGGACUUUAUGCGCCUGGUAAAUUUAACAACUUGGACCCGGUAAAUACUUUGCACUUUUUCGCAGUAAAUGAUUUUUAAUUCUUGUGUAACAUAUAAAGUUUUGGAAUCAGCUCAAUGUUCGGUUAUGUGAAGUGCAAAAAUAAAAAUAUGUACAGAGCACGAACUUGAAUAAAUGGACCAGAGGUGCUGUUAAAACAACAGGAAGUUAGUCUCUGUCGUCUGACGCAUUAAAAAACACUCCGAGACUCAUUGCUUCAGUUUGCACCAAAAAGUGCACUUCUUCUUCUUCUGUCGGUAACUCAGUGAAACGUGAACUCACAGACGUGAAACACAUAUUUUUAGAUUCAGUGUGACUUCCAUUCAGGGAGGAUUUCGUUAUCUCUGCUGUUCAUGCAGAAAAAAUGUCCGUAAAUCUAGUAAGAAAUCGUCGGGAGAAAAGCGCAUCAGAACGUCUUUGAGACUCUUUGUGUUUGUUUUUUUUCUCCGUGUGUAUAACAAUUACCUUCUUCUUUCCAGGAUUUGUAAGGUGAUUACCAGAGUCACAGACCUGUAAACUGAGCGUUAAACAAACUGUGAGUCUUUUAUCUUUCCUGUUUUUAUUUACAGGAACGUCGUCCUGAUUUUACAGUUUUGCGCUUCUUCUGCAAAGCUGCCUCAUUUUAUUGCUAUUCUGUAAAUAUCCUCAUGUAUUUAUAAGACUUUGUAAAAUCAUCUUUUAAGGAGUGUUUUCUGUUUUUUUUACGCUUCCUGACUUGUACAGUUUUUCAGAAUAAAGUGUAUUUUAAAGCCUGGCUGAAGCUGAUGAAACACACAUAUUUAAUGUGCGUUUAUAGAAGAGGAGUUAACGUGGCUUUGUGCCAGACGGCUGACUCCUGCUGAAAUCUGAUCCUCUUGUCUUUUCCCUCUUUUGUCUCGGCUGGAGAAAACGCUCAAGAGACUGAAACCAGAGCAGCUUGACCUCCUUACAGGGGAAAGAAAACAAGUCUUUUUUUUCUUAUGUCAGGAAAAGUUUGAAAAUUCAGAAUAGAGUUUGUAUCAUGUGUGGAGGAACUUUUUAUUGAGCAGUAUUAAACUCAAACACAAUGGGGUAGAUUCAUGAGGUAAUCAGAUCCAUGUUUGGUGGUUUAGAUCAUUAUCAAAGAAUUUAAAGUGUGUUAACUCAGUUAAACGGGAACACACUGACAUGAAACACACAUUUUUAGAUUCAGUUUGGCUUUCCCCUCCAGAUGACAUCAUUAUCUCUCAAUAUGAGUACGCCUCCGAAAAUCCACUUAGGAAUCAGAGAAAAAAGGCGCUGCAGAACUUCCUUGAAAAUCUUUACGUUUUAAAGUUUCUCUCAGUGUCACAUUAAUCCAGUGACAACUGUCUGUUCAUUCAUGAGCUCGCCGCAAACAGGAGCUACUCACACAUAAUUCGGCAUACUUUGAAUGGUGAUCAGUUUGUUAACAUAGCAACAGAUAGAGUCUAAAACCCAAGGCUCAUGCUGUCGCCACCGGCUGCCUGUUUAUCCUCGAGAGGCAUCGCUUGCUUCUGCAGCAUGUUGUAGUUAAAAUACGCCGAAUGAUGCGUCACCAGCUCCUCUCCUCAGUGAACUCAUACAUGUUCACAUAAUUAUCACUGUGAUCAUUGCGACACUGAAGAAAACCUAAAAACAACAGGAUUUUCAAGGAAGUUCUGCAGCGCUUUUUUUUCCUCAUAUGAUUUCUAACUGGAUUUGUGGAGGUUUGCUCUGGAUGGAGAUCAGAGAUCAUGACGUCAUCUGGAAGUGCACCUCACACUGAUCUGAAAACACGUGUUUCGUGUGUGUGUGUGUGUGUGUGUGUGUGUGUGUGAUAUUCCACUGUUUCUUUAAUGUGAGAAGGAUGUGAACAUCAGACAUGACUGUAAGAAGUG